AUGGUCAGUGAUUAUAUUGGGGAAUUGGCAAAGACACAGCAUGUGGUACCGCAUAUACAGUUCUGGACCCGCGUGGAGAGCGCGGUCAAGCCUCAGGGGUCUGCCCAGUGGCAUGUGCGCACCAAGACAUUCAUUAGAGAUGGAGACUCUUUUGUCUUCGACAUUCGAGAGAACCGCUUCGACGCUGUGGUUGUCGCUACGGGGCACUACGAUGUGCCACGAGUGCCCGACAUUCCAGGGCUUGCUACUUGGCAAGCUAGAUUCCCGGGCCGUGUGGCGCACUCCAAGGCCUACAGGACGCCGGACAUGUUCAAGGAUGCCACAGUCCUGGUCAUCGGCGCCGGUGUGUCGGCGUACGACAUCAUCCAUGCUAUUCACUCGGUUGGGGGCCGGACCUAUCAGUCAUCGCGCGAUCCGAAACGGGCCGACAAGGCAAAGCUCGAGGGAUUGCCAGACAGCUGCGAGCGUGUGCCCGGUAUCGAGACAUUUCUGGCCGAGGACACAGGACCCGCCUGGAAGGCGGACAGUGCAGAUCCAGUUCCGGGACGAGUGGUGCUCUCAGGGGGUCGAGAGCUCACGGGUAUUCACUAUGUCGUAGUGGCUACGGGGUACAUUACCACCUACCACUUCCUGGGCGACCUUGAACAACCCACUCUGCCAUUGGACGAGGCGGAUGAGAAGGUCAUCAUCACCGCCGAUGCCUAUACGGUGCACAACCUGCACAAGGACAUAUUCUAUAUCCCGGACCCGACUUUGGCGUUUAUUGGUGUGCCUUCGGAGGCGUCGACAUUCUCACUCUUUGACUUUCAAGCGAAGGCUUUGGCAAAAGUAUUCACCGGGCAGGCCCAAUUACCGUCCCGAGAAGACAUGGCAAAGUUGCAUCGGGAGCGGAAGUUGGCUCUGAAACCAGGGAAGAAGCUCCACGGUCUGGGCUUGGGGGAUGUCGAGUAUGCGAAUGACAUACUGGACUGGAUCAAUGGCGAUCUGCAGAGUGCAGGGUUGCCGCCGAUGACAGGCUAUGAUGAUCGGUGGUUUGAGGGUUUCAAGAGGUUGAGGGAGUCAGUAGCGAGCAUUCGACCGGACGUUGAGCAGGUGUAG